AUGGCAUCAACCGUCGCAAUUGGCGUAGGCAUCGCAGCCGCGGCUUUCUUCGGACGAGCAGGCCUAGUCGCAUUCCGACGAUACCGCAACCCGAACGGGCUCAACGCGCUCGGCCGACCCUUCUACAAGGGCGGUUUCGAACCGAAGAUGAACCGCCGAGAAGCCAGCUUGAUCCUCGACCUGAGCGAACGCACACUCUCGAAAGAGAAGAUCCGGAAAAACCACAGAGGGCUGAUGCUCGUCAACCACCCCGAUCGAGGCGGGAGCCCGUACCUCGCCAGUAAAAUCAACGAGGCGAAGGAGUUUCUGGAGAAGAAUGGUUGA